UUUAAAAGCAACUCUUUUCAGUGUCAAUUUAAUGGCAAAUCAACUCGGAAAUUUAUUACUUUCUUCCGCACCUGGAGAAACAUUAUUUACUGCAGCUCAUCGAGAAUUAAGGAGUUCUGAAGAAUGGAAAAGCUCAACAAAAAGAGAAACCUUUUCUUUGUUGAAUCAGGAAUUGGAUCGAUUAUUGAAAACUGCUCCGGCUAAUAAGGCAGAGGACUGGAAAAAAGAAUUUGCAAAUUUUAAAUCACUCUUUAUCCGCUUUCUUCGCGCCAGAACUGUUAUAGAUUGGAAAGAAGUGCGUCCUUUACAAGAAGAAUUAAUUAUUCCCUAUGCUCAAUUAAAUAUGGUUAGAGGGCAAAAGGAGAUUGUACGUGAAUUGCUGAGUUCUCUAGUUGUCGUAAAACUUAAUGGAGGAUUGGGAACUUCAAUGGGCUGUAAGGGACCAAAGUCAAUGAUUUCAGUGCGCAAUGACCUUACUUUUCUUGAUCUGACAUUGCAACAAAUACAGGUACUCAAUAAAAUCUGAAAAAAUUUCCUUUCUCCACAGAAUUUGAACCGUGAAUAUGAUGUCAGUGUUCCUUUGGUGCUU